UCGCAAAUAUAUUUAAUUGCCGUAAAACAAUCACAUAUGCGCAAACAGAAAAGGGCUUGUUGCCAUCCAAAGCUGAAGAAGAGAGAAGCUAAACACAAACAUGCCACCAAAAGCCAAAAGUGGUAAGAAGGGUAAACUUUCCAAAGCUGAGAAAGAAAAACAGAAAAAAGAGGAAGCGGAGAGAAAAGCAAAAGAAGAAGAAGAAGCACGACUGAAGGCUGAGGAAGAAGAGAAAGAACGUCAGGAAAGGGAGAAACAAGAAAGAGAAGAGCGGGAUAAAAUUGAUGCUGAGGAGAAGAAACAACAUGCUGCCGAAGUAGGACAAUUAAACUCAAUCUUGGAAGGCAAUUUGACAGCUUUGCAGAAUCAACAUGCAGAAAGGCGAGCUAAAGCAAAGUGGGAGCGGUACAUGCUGUGUGAUGGUAGCCCAGAUCCAACUAAUCCAGGCGAGAUUAACACCUAUAUGAACCUGUGGCGAGAAGAUGACACAAAAAAUACCAUUGACUAUGUACUGAAGGAGAGCAAAUCGACCUUUCGGCUGAUAGAAGAGUUGUGGUACCUUCUUGAAGACACCCCAGAAGAAGAGCUUAGUGAUAAAGAGAUAUCACACUAUAAAGACACCAUUGUCGAGUUAGAAAAUCUACUUUCAUUGAAACUAGACACUGCAACUAUGGAAUUAUUAAAGGAUGCAUCCACUGAGGCAGAUCCAGAAACAAGCAACUUGCAGAUUGUAAAAGAAAGCGAUCAAAUUAUUAUGAUGCUGUGGGGAAAUCUCAAUAAAAACCCAAGAUUCAAAACUUUUGAAUUUGAGGAACAGAAAUUUGCAUUUGAGCUUCCCAAACAACUAGCAACAGCUGAUAUAGCAAUACGUAUUAUCCACACAAAAUAUGACCAUCUGUCUCAUCUAUGUCGGACGUACUUUCCAAAGAAGAAAAAAAAGCCUUUACCGAAGCCACCGCCAUCACCAGAACCUGAAAAAGAAGAAAAUCCAGAUGAAGAGAAGAAAGAAGGUGAUGAGGAAGAUGGAGAAAAUGAAGAGGAUGGCAUUGCUGGCGAUGAGCAGAAACAAGAUUCUGAGGAUGCAGCUGGAGAUGAAGAAAAACAAGGUGAAAAAGAUGAAGAUGGUGAGAAAAAAGAUGACGAGGCAAAAACUGGUGAAGAUGCAAAGAUAGAACCCGAGCCAGUUGCUCCUGAAGAAGAGGAGGAAGAGGAAGAAAUUGAGGAAGAUGAGGAUGUAGUAGAUAUGAGGCAAUAUCAAGCAUUGGGUGGAGUCAUUCAUUAUGAUUUAUUACAGUUGCCGCCACAACCGAAGACUGUCAAAACCUGGUUAAUGACACAAGUUGUAUCAAAUGAAUUAAAGAGGAUACCAUAUCCUGGCGGUGAUGCAAAAUUGGGUCAGACUUUAUCAGGAACCUUGACAAUGGGACAGACCUUGGACCCAAAAGCUGUUGCUACUGCUGCGGCUGUUGCAGAAACUUUAGGUGCUCCGCCUGUAGGACUUAGUUUCACCCUUCCAGCAAAUGUACUAUUCUGUGAAGAGCCACAGAUGGCAUACUGGUCACAUGAGGGCAAGCACUGGAGAUUGGAUGGUUUUGCGGACAUCAAAUAUGAUGAAGAUAAACGUACAUUGUCCUUCAAAACAAUUAACUUUGGACCACUGGUUUGCAUCCAGGACAAGCACAUUAACAUGCCAUUCCAAAGCUGGGAGUUAAGACCACGCAAGAUGAACAACGCCCUCCUUACCAUAAUUGCAGCAAUAGUGGAAAUAGAAAUUGAGAUUAAAGAUGACUUGUGCUGUUUCAGACAACCAGCAGAUGCAGAAGUGAAAACUGAAUUGGAAGAGUACAAGGAGAAAUGGGUAACUCCUAGAGAACUUAUAAAAAUGCUGCGUACAGCUGGAGUUGACCUCUUUCCAGAUAACGAUUCCAAGAAGUAUGUCAGCAUAAGUGAAAAGAAUGAGAUUGCAGAGAUGGAUGCUUACCAACAGAUGGCGCUCACUGCCUCACAUUUUGCAUAUUCAUGGAGCAAAUGGAAUGCUGAAGCAGGUGAUGAGAAACUAGUGAUCCAAGGGUGCGAAAUGUUAGAAGAUGAACAUGUUGUGGAAGAUGAAUGGUCGCUGAUUAUGAUGACUGCCCAGAGAGCUAUGAAGCUAAGAAUGACUGAAUUUGAUGAAAGUUUCUCUGAAGACUUUGCUGAAGGCACGCAGUUCCAUGCAGAUUUGUAUCACAUGGUAUGUGAUUUAUCAACUGAACAAGGCAUAGAUAGAAUGAAGAGUUCCAGUUAUCAGUUUGUUGAUGCUGUUCAUCAGUUACUCUCGGCUACUCGGGUUAUUACCUAUUCUUAAAGUUUCAUUACAUCAAUCAUUUCAUGCAUUGGUCACUGAUGCAAUUGUAUAUAUACAUGGAUUUCCCUCCAAAUUAAAUUUUACUUCUCGCCGUCCAACCCAUUCCAGUUGACCUGCAUUACAUUAUUAAAUUAUCCUGUAAACUUGAUCUAAAAUGUAAAAUACCUUUUUGUGAAUUUGUACAGUUUUUAUCUCCAGAUUUUGUAUGUAUAUUUGAUGAUUUGUAAAUCAUGAUUAACUAGAUUGUGCAUUUUGAGUGACAUUUUCACAAUUUCUUGUACUUGUGUAAGUAACAGUACUACUU